CUUACUUUCAGAUGGCGACAUGUACAGUAGCCCUAGUCCUGCUUAUUGCGAUACAACACGCGUCGUCUAUCGAAGUGUCGUAUACAUGCCAUGAAUCAGCAUCAGGGCUUUUUCGACUCGCACUUCGGUUGAACAGACAAGGCGAUACUCUCGUAACGGCUCUUCGGGCAUACACGACUGGUGCAAAUGAUGUUCCAGUUCCGGAUAACCCUGCAUGUGAGGCCACUUCUCAUGUCAAUGGCAUUUUUGAAGUAAGCACUGACAUUGUGUUGGCAGACACAACGUGCGGCUUCACAAAUACGGGUAGCGAGUACAUGUUUCUGUUUCGAGCCGAAGGGACUAUACAAUAUUACACAUUGAAAUGUGAUACGGAUUCUCUUAUAGCAAAUGGAGUGUCAUCCGCAGAGUUCCAGACCACGGCUGUGAAGUCUAACCUGCUCCAUCGAGCUAACCCCCUCGGGGUCAGCUUUCAGGUCGUUGAAGCAGAUGGAAGCUACGUGCCAACGAAUAAUGUUUACAUUGGCCAAGACAUUAAGCUUAGGCUAAUCCUUAACAAAGGCGCUGAAAGUUUUGGACCUGACAAUUGGGGAUAUAUUUUUCACACAGCAAUCUCAAAGGACUUUGAGGAAGAUGCAGAACUUCUGCUACAAAUAUUCACUCCAGGACUGGGCACAGAGGUCAAGGUCGAAGGGCAAUUGCCUACGUCGGAAUUUACCUGUUACGCAAAGGUGAAGAGGGAUGAUGCGGUUGAAAUAUCCAUACCGAAGGCCUAUGCCGAUGCGUCUAGUGCAACAUUAACCGAAUGGGUCACUUCAGGUGGCGGGAUCAAAGUGACUUCAUUUCAUGACCGCAUAGGUGUUAAGGUUAUCCAUAGACGACCUGGGACCACUCUGGAUGCAGGUCGGGUAGUCCUACCAGACGAUGCAAUCGCAACCUUGGCCAUUGGUUCAACAUAUGUCUACAGUUUACACAACUCAAACGCUCAACAGGCACAAUUUGGACUUGUAGCGUUUGAGGACACAACAACAAUCACUAUAAACUACAAUGAGUAUACAGUCAGUACGGAGACCAUUGAAGGUGCUCCUGCUAGCGGUCCAACCGAUACCGUUUCUUUAGACGAAUACCAGGUUUUAAUGAUGAAAGGAGGAUCCACCAUUGGUGAAAUCAUACUAGAAGGAGACAAACCCUUCGGUGUCUUCAUGGAAAGUGAUUUUACCGUCGCUUCACCGGUCAAUGCUGUAGGAUUACAGUUCUUACCAAAACACACAGCUGCUAAGCGGUUUGUUCUACCAUUUCCCAGCAGCUACAUGUUCGAGUACGAGUUUGAUGAUCCCGUAAAUGACCAAGGAUACACCAUUGAAAAUCCAGGUGCAACAGUGACACGAGCAGAAGGUGCACCGGUGUUUGUAGAGGGAGAUUUGAACGGUGCAUCGGAUGCGCUUGAAAUAAUCUCAGCCAACCCAAUACAUGUUCACGGAAUUGUUCCAACUCAAUCCAUACAAGCUGGUAAUGGUCGAGCGGGCUUUGUUCUUCCCUCACUUGAACAGUGGUCCUCUAGACAACAUUUCUACGCGAUGGAAGGAAAGAAAUACGAUCUUAUUUUCGUCUCUCACAAAGGCGACAUGGAUGAUAUAAAGAUCAAGCUUGGGUCCAUCACAACCUCUUUCAUUGGCUCUACUUUGAGUUCACAGACCGGCUUCUCCAAGACAGAAGUAACGCGAGUAAUGGGCGAAACCGAUCCGUCUAGGUUCGAAUAUUACGAACAUUCAGAUUUCCAAGUGACUAACACUGACGACUAUCGGACUGAAUGUGGCCUGGUCGAGUUUCAAGCAGCACCUAACCGCCCGUUUAUGCUGAUUAUAUUUGAGAAGACCGAUGCCGGUGUGCUUCAUGAAGCCUACUUGCCAUUUGGUGUUGGAUAUCCUCCAAUCAACCUCUGCACAGACACAACAAGUGAUCAUACCUUUUCCUCCCGAUUUGCGGGAUCCUUCUCCUCCAAGCCAGGUGACCUAUUAGAUAACGACUGUGAUGGAUUUACGGACGAGGAGGUGUUGAAUGGAGAAGAUGAUGAUGGUGACGGCGAUAUCGAUGAAGACUUGGCUCUUAGGGAAAUAUUCGAACGAGGUAUAAAAGUGAAUGAACUAUUUUACGAUACAACCAACCCGUCCAAUGCUAAAAACUUCAUUAUAGUCGAUGGGUGUCAAGAGUUUAAACCGGUAACUGAAAGCAUUGGUCAUUUUACUCUGAACACGGCACUGAGCGAUGUUUUUGACGACUACUGGGUAGCCGAUGCACCGUCCCUUUUCUUUGGAGUGAAAUAUGAAGUGUGUUACGACGGGGACCUGCCAACCACGUGUGUCCAACCCACGAGAAAAAGACGGGACAUUUCUGGCGCCAUCUCUGAACACUUUGCCUCUGUUCAUGUGUCAAUUAGCGGAAACAGGACGGAUGAGUACGGUUCUUCAAAUACAAAGGAACAGAGCAAAGUCAUAACCGACGAGCACUCAUGUGAAAAAGACACCAACUUUUGGUUAUCCAUUGCUGGACUUGGCGCUAUCUCUUUGAUGGAACUGUUUAUGAUUGGUGGAAUGAUGUGGUACAAACGUCAUGUGAUGAGACUGUUGCCGUAG